UAAACAGUUUCAUAUAUUGCUAUCGCCAAAUCAGAUGGCGUAAACUUCAUAAGAAAGGCACACAUUUAACCAUUUAUGCAUCUUUGAUAGAAGAACUAGACAUAUGAACCGUACCAACCUUUUGAAAACCAAUAGGUCCUUCCACUGCUUGAAUGAUGAUAUAGAUACGCGAUGUCUACAGCAGCGUAGUUGCCACAAAAUAGAGAGUGGGUAACAAGUUUCCGUGCAAAAAGCGCCAAAACCUCGUUUAAACAUCGCUGCACAUUUUGUUGUUGAAGGAAUGCACUGCAUUGUUCACCACUUCUAUAGACACUCCAAUCCGUGCGAUCAGUUAAAAGUAAAUGAUUAAAUUUCGUGGUCGUAUGUACCGCCUACUUGCUAGGCACAUUUUUCCUACACGAAAGGUAUUAUGUAGGACUAAAUUAUCGAACCAAAAUUCGGAAUAUCAACCAAACGUUCAUACGGAGGUUAAACACAGAGCGCGCGACUAUUAUUCCCGCAUGGAAAUAGCCACCUUAUUUUUGCAACCAUUAUCCAUAGUAAUCGUCUAUAUUGCAAUAGUGUGGAAUGGCUUCAAGUACUACUGUGAUGUUCGUUGUUUAGAUGAUUUAAUCAAGACAUUGCGGUGGAAGUAUACAUCAUACAAGUCUAUAAAAGGCACAGUAGAUGAUGAUUAACAUGCAAUAGAACAUUGGCAUAGAUUAUAACUACGGGAAUGUUUACUAUUAUCAGCGUCUAAAAAGACAAUACACAUGAAACUACGACUUUAUCUUCUCAUAUAUACUAACAGUUAGAAAUAAUAUAUUAGCG